AUGGUUAUUUCUAAUGAGGAGAACAAAAAAAAAUGGAAAUAUAUAAAAGAUGAAAAAGAUAUUUCUUAUAUUGUAAAUAUUAAAAAUUCGAAUGAAGAUGUAAAUUAUGAUUUAUGUUCUUCUCUUAAAGAGAAAAGUACAAGUUAUAAAGGGCAACAUCUAAAAAGAGAACAGCUCUGUAAUAAUAAUAAUACAUAUAAUAAUACAUAUAAUAAUAAUAACAUUUAUAGUUGUAAUAAUGUUUGUGUGUCAUCCAACUCUUGUAAUAGCAAAAGAAGUGAAGACAUUUACAAUGAGGAGAAUAAAAAAACAAAAAAUGAAAAAGAUUUAUUUUAUGAUAAAGUGGAUGAAAUAUUAAACCGGAAAAGUGAUAACGAUGAUGAUUGGAUAUUCAAUGAAGACAAUGAAAAUGAAAAUGAAAAUGAAAAUAAAAAUAAAGAUUAUAUUAAAAAUAAAAAUUAUGGUGGAGACAAUAUGAAACAUAAUGAUAAUUAUUUACAAAAUAAUAAUAUUCAUUUCCAUGAUGAGAAUAAAAAGCAUAUUCCUUUUGAAUGUGUCAAAGAGGAAAAACAGAAGAAAGCAUAUUUUUUAAAUAUACAUACCUUAAAUUUUGAUGCUCAUAUGUUACAUGCUCUUCUUAAAAAAAAUAAAUACAGACUUACAAAAUAUAAUACAGAUAUGAAUAAUAUGAUAUAUAAAUAUUUAUAUUUAUAUAAGAAAAAAAAAACUUUAAAAUAUAAACAAAAGAAUGAACAAUCUUAUAAUGAUUAUAAUAAGGAUGAAAAUUAUAUUUAUCAUCACACGAAUGAAAUAGAAGAAAAAAAAAAAAAUACUCAUCAAGAUAAACAAAAAAAAAUAUAUGUAGAUGAUAAUAAAGAAAAAGUGUAUGAACAAGACAUACAUAAUAAAAUUAAAAAUAUGAACAAAGAGGAUAAAGCUAAAUAUAAUGAGACUAAUCAAACAAAUAAAUUAUUAGAUAUUAUGUAUUAUAAUGAAAAUAAUAAUAACAAUUAUAUUAACACUGAUGAUGAUAAUAAUAAUUAUUUGAGAGAUGUUCAAUUUUUAUAUAUGGAAUAUUUUAUAAGAAAAAAAAAUCUGACCGAAAUUUCAAAUAUAUAUAAUAAAUAUAUUUAUAAUAAAGAUAAUUUAAUAUAUUUAAAAAAGUGGUAUGCGAAAAAUGUAUAUAUAUUAAACUCGAAAGGAUAUGAUAAAAAAAAUAUAUAUGAAUAUACAAAUGGUAUAAGUAAUACAAAUAAUAUAAGUAAUACAAAUAAUACAAAUAAUAUAAAUAUUAAUCCACAUAAUAGUUGUGCUAGUGUGAGUGAAGAGAACUCUCAUAAUAAUUACCAUUUGUCACCCCCUUCUAUUAAAAGCUUUUGUUUAAAUAAUUAUUUUAUUUGUCUGCACUCAGAAAAUAAUGAAGUCAUUAUCCUUAGUUGGAAAUUUAUUAAUAUAAACAAUUUAAUAUUUUUUAAAGGAAAAGAUAAUAUUGAUGAUUUUUUUUUUAAAGAUGAAGAAGGACCUAUUAAUUUAAACUUUAAUUAUUAUAAAUAUCCUCAUUAUGCUAUUAUAAAAAAUGAUAAUUUGAAAAAUAUAAAAAAUAUUCAUAUUAAUGAUAUGAAUAAAUUAUGUGUAAAUACUUCUAAUUGUAUAUAUGUUUUUGAAAUUCUUUUAUGUAAUUCAAAAGUUCAAUAUAAAUAUUUAUAUAAAUAUGUAGAAAAAGGAAAUUUUUUAAAUAAAGAAAAUAAUAUAUCUUCUUCCUUACAUAUUAAAGAAAAAAAAUUGUUAUACUUUACACCUUAUAAUAUAAUAUAUUUAAAUAAUAAUAAAAAUAUUUUUAAUAGCAUGAUAACAAUAACAAAAGAUAUCAAAUUUAAAUAUAAGAUAUUAAACACGGCAUUUUAUAAUAAUAAUGUUUAUAUGGUCAUAUCGUAUUUUAAUAAAAUCACACUUUUUAAAAAUGAAGCUAUUUAUUUUGUUUUACUGUAUGAUAAAAAUGGUGAUGUGAUAAGUGAACAGGAGGUAAAUGAAAGGAAUAUAAAUGAAAAGAAUAUAAAUGAAAAGAAUAUAAAUAUAAAUGAGAAGAAAAAUGAAGAUUCAAAUGAAAAGAAUCAAGAUUCAAAUGAAAAAAAUCAAGAUUCAAAUGAAAAGAAUGAAGAUAUAAAUGAAAAGAAUGAAGAUUCAAAUGAAAUGAAAAAAUAUGAGAUUCAUAAUAACAAUGAUGAAAAAUAUAAUUUAAAAGAUGAUUAUAUAAGUUACAUUCCUUUCCUUGGAAUUUUAGAAAAUAAUAAUUUUUGUGCUGCCUAUGGUAAAUCAAUAACUAUUUUUGAAUAUGUUUGUAAGGUUGUUAUAAAAUAUAAAUAUAUAUUAAAUCAUUCAAUAUAUUUUUUUAAAAGUUGUGAUAAUAAUAUUAUUAUUAUAUAUGAUAAAUAUAAAUUAUAUGUAUAUCAAAUAAUGUUAAAGGGGAAUACAAAUUUUUGUAUACUUUUAUUAUAUGAAAAAAAAAUUAAUAAUGUAACUAGUCGUGUCAUAUCUGAAGGUUAUAAUAUAUAUGAAAGCUAUGAUGGAUUUAUAAAUAUAAAUAAGAAAAAUGUAAAGUUAAAUAAAAAUGAUAAAAUCGCUACCUUUAUGUUUUCUUUAUUUAAUCAAGAUAGAACAUUAAAUGAACAAAAUUCCAAAAAUAAUUCAUCUUUUUUUUAUAUUAAUUUGAUAUAUAUAUAUAUAUUAAAUAAUAAUAAAGUGGAUAUCAUAGUCAUUAACUCUUUGAUAUAUAUGAUUUAUCUUUUUUUCAUUUAUAAAAAAUAUGAUCUCCUCCUCAUGUUUAUAUUACACCUUUACAACGGAGAUGUGUGUGUGCUUAACGACUUUUCUCUUAAGGAAGAAGAAAAAAAGAUACAAAUUCAAAAAUUACUUUUUUUUUUUUUCGAGACACAAAUGCGUGAUAUUAUAGAAAACUAUAAAGAAUAUAAAGAGAAGCAAAUAUGUAAUAAUAAUUAUUUUAUAAAAUAUAGAGGUGAUAAAAAUGGUGACUAUAAUAAAAAUGAUGACCAUAAUAAAAAUGAUGACUAUAAUCAAAAUGGUGACCAUAAUUAUUGUAAUAAUUAUGAUAAUUUCAGUGGAUGUAUUUCUCAUGAAUAUAUACCCAUGAAUGAUAUUACCUACACAGUAUCAUCUAUUUCAACAACUUUAUCAUAUUCUUUAUCAGACGAUGAAAAAAAGGAAGAAGAGUCACUUAUGUCUUUGUGUAAGGAAGAUAAUAUGUAUCAUAAAAAUAUUAUAAAUGAUCAAGAUAGUUAUAAUUUAUCUAUAGAUGAUAAUAAUAUAAAUAAUUAUGAACAUAUAAAAAAUAAAAAAACAAUAAUAUUAAAAGAUGAAGAAGAAGGUAUAUAUAUAAAUAAUAAAAUUAUUAAUAAAGAAUGUAUUGAAGAAUUAAUACACUUAUGUUAUUUAAGUAUAGAAUUGAGUAUAAAAUUUAAUAUAAAUCUAUAUGAAUAUAUAUUCCAUUUAUUUAAAACAUAUAAUAUAGAAAGUGUUUAUUUUUAUAUAUGUGAACCAUAUAUAAUGAAUAAAAAAAUAUGCCUUACUCAUGAUUCUUUAAUAUAUAACUUGUUACAGUAUUUUAAGAGGUUUUAUAGUAUUUUUUGUUUAUAUGAUGAUACAUAUUAUGAUUUGUUCUUGUUUUUUUGUGCGUUUCUUAGGAGUAAGGUGGGUAAUAGAAUGUUUAAACGACAGAUGGGUAUCACAUCUAAAAAGGGGAAUAAGAAAAAUAUAAAUUAUGACAAAAAUUAUGAUAAAAAUUAUGACAAUGAUAAAAAUUAUGACAAUGACAAAAAUUAUGACAAUGAUAAAAACUAUGACAAUGACAAAAAUUAUGACAAUGAUAAAAACUAUGACAAUGACAAAAAUUAUGACAAUGAUAAAAAUUAUGACAAUGACAAAAAUUAUGACAAUGAUAAUCAUUGUGAUCUUUUUAUGAAUAAUGCAUUUCUAUCAAAAUUUAUAUUCAUUUUAAAGAUUCAAAAUAAAACCCAGCAUGAUCAACUCCAUUCUUCUGAUAAUCACAAUGAAAUACUUUAUAAGAAUAAAGAAGAAAUGCAUAAUAUUUACAAUAGACAUAUGAUGAUAUAUGAAGAUAAAAAUAAGGAAUAUAUAAACGAGGCUGUAACAUUUGAUUUUUAUUUUAUUGAUAAAUAUUUGAAUAUAAAAAAAAAUUUGAAACAAAUAAAAAAGAUAUAUUGUUUUAUUUGUAUAAUUAAUAAAUUCUGUAAAUUUUUUGAAAAUAUAAAUCUUGAAAAAAAUCUUGAAAAUAUUAUAUCUUUAUUACCCUUACAUAUAAGUUCCUAUUUAUAUAAUAAACAUAAUGAAGAUAAAACAACUAUAUGUGAAUUUUUUAUAUCAUACAUGAUAAGAAAAAAGAAUAUUUUUUUUUUCAAAUUUUGUAAAGAUAAUAAUAUAAAGAAUGAAAUGUUUCCAAUAUAUAUACCAAUAUAUAUAUUUAAUAAUUUUUAUCAAACAAAUUUUUUUCUUUAUUAUUUAUAUUGUGUUUUAUUUAAGAAACCAUUUAGUAUCUAUAUGGAUACAUAUGUGAAUGAGAGUAGUCACAUGGUUUUUAUUAAAGAUAUAUAUGUUUUAAAAAAAAAAAAAGGAAAUAAUCAACAAAGAAAUUGUAAUUAUAAUGGUGAUAAUAUAAAUGAUAAUAUAAAUGAUAAUAUAAAUGAUAAUAUAAAUGAUAACAAUAAUAAUAAUAAUAUAUCUAUACAUCCUAUUUGUAUAGAUGAUUCGUCUUAUUAUGAUAAAGUCUUCUUUGUUUAUUCUCCUCUUCUUUAUGAGAAGAAACAAAAUUAUGGACUCAAUAAAAAUAUUGUAACUCUAAUAGAAUAUAUGUGUAAAAGAUAUGAUAAAAAAUGUUUACUAAUAGAAGAUGAAAAAGAUAUUCUCUCUGGUUUAUUCUUUAAAGGAUUGAAUGGGAUGGAAGGAAAUUAUAUGACUCAUUUUGAAGAAAACAAAAAUAUAAUAAAAAAAAUAAUAAAUAAUAAUAAAAGUGAUGAUAAUAAAAAAUAUGACCUAUAUGGGAAAUCUGAUCAAUGUGAUGAAAAUUUUAACAUCAAAUAUAAUAAUGAUAAUAAUAUGUACUACAAACAAGAAAGUAAUCAUACUAUGAGAUGUCCUAUGAAUAUAGAGGACAACCAUAAUCAUAAUAAUGAAUCCAUCACAAAUAAUGGUUCUGAUAUUUAUAAAAAUUAUAUAACAUAUAAUAAUCCUUAUAAUAUGAAAAAAACACAAAACAAAACAUAUGAAUCAUUCCUUGAAUUUGACAUUUUAAAAAAAAGAGAAACUAUAUUAUCAAUAAAUAAAAUAAAUUGUAAGAAUAAAAUGAGGAAUAUACAGAACGAAUUUAAUAUAAAUGAUUUUUUUAAUUUAGAUAAGAAUGGAAUGUUUUUAUUAUUUCAAAUGGCUUUAUCAAAUUGUUUUAAUAUAAUGAAUAAUUUCUUUUUUUUUUAUCACCACAAAAAUAAUAAUAUUAAUGGUAAUAAUAAUAUUAAUGGUAAUAAUAAUAUGAAUGGUAAUAAUAAUAUUAAUUGUAAUAAUAAUAGAAAUUAUAAUUAUAUAAUGAAUAUAUUCAUUGAAAACAUUUUAGAGUUUUACAUACACUUAAGUGUAUCAUAUGUUCAUUAUAAAAAUAAAUUAUAUUUUAUAUUACAACAAUAUGUAGAAAAUAUAAAAGAUAUAUAUAAACAUAUAAUAUAUAAAAUAGAUACAUGUAUUCAUUAUGAUUCUAUUAGAAAAUUCUCUUUAAAAAUGAAAAAUUAUAUUAUCAUCUCAUCAGAUAUAAGAACUGUAGAAAAUAAUAAGAUGCUUAGUUUAAUCCAGUGGAUUAUUUUUCAAUUAUUUUUUAUUAAAAAGCAUAUGAAGAAAGUUAUAGAAUAUACUACAUAUAUGUUUCUCUUGUUCUUUAUUUUUUCGACAGAUUUUUUAUUUGACGAAUGUAUGAAUAUAUAUUUUAUUCAUUUUCUUUUUCAAAUUGAUAAUAAAGAAUAUGACAAAUAUAAUAUGACACACCAUGAUGAUGAUAAUAAUAAUAAUAAUAAUAAUAAUAAUAAUAAUAAUUUACAAAUUAGUAUGUUUAAUUAUCAUCUUUAUAAAAAAUAUAAAAAAAAAUUGAAUAAUUUCCUAUCCACAUUUAAUGUUCAAAAAGAUAUAUAUGAUAACAACUAUAUUAAAAUAUUAAAUUUAAAAAAAAAAAAAAUUCUCCUUAAAAAAAAAACUAUUUUAUAUAAUCUUCAUAUGUAUAAAAACGAAAUAGAUUUUAAUAUAAUAACAUAUAUUAUGAAAAAGUUAUACUCAUUUGAUCUAUCCUACUUGUUGAAUCAUUUUUCAACAUAUAUUACAUAUAAUCAUAUGGAAUGUCAUACAACCCAAACAUAUAUAAGAACAACAAAUACGGAGGAAGAUAUAGACAAAAAGAUAUAUAUAUCAGAAAAUAAAAAUAAUUCUUUUAAUAAUAUAUAUAAUGUAAAUUAUAAUAAUAGUAAGCAUGAACAAAAUAAUUCUCCUAAUAAGAAUAUAUAUUAUAAUAUAACAAAUAAAUCUAAUUCAUUGAAUCAUAAAAAAGAAGUCAAGAUAAGUAUAUUCAAAGGAGGUGAUAAACAUGUCGUUCAUAAAAAAAAAGAUAUUUCUUUGAAUAAUAAAAGAAUGAAGAAAAAGAAAAAAAUUAAUAAUAUAUGUUCGAUAAAAUUUUGUAAAAAUGAAUUAAGAUAUAUUUUGUUGCUAUAUGUUAAGAAGUUGAUAAUGAUAUCAGAGGGGUUGAAAAAAAAUGACCACGAAAAGAAAGAUGAUAAUAUUAAUAAUAAAAAUUAUAGUACAUAUAAUAAUGAUAGUAUAUAUAAUAAUGAUAGUACAUAUAAAAAUUAUAGUACAUAUAAAAAUGAUAGUACAUAUAAUAAUGAUAGUACAUAUAAAAAUGAUAGUACAUAUAAUAAUGAUAGUACAUAUAAUAAUGAUAGUACAUAUAAAAAUGAUAGUACAUAUAAUAAUGAUAGUACAUAUAAUAAUGAUAAUAUCAAUAACAAUGACAGUAUAUAUAAUAAUGAUAAUAAUAUAUGUCAUAAUAAACAGAACAAUAUGCUUUAUCAUAAAAAAAAAAAACUCAUCGAUAAUUUUCUGAAAUACAUUUUAUUCUUCAGUUGCACAAAAAAAUAUACAAAUAUUUGUCUUCUCCUUUUUGAUUAUUUUGGAUAUUAUAAUGUUGUUAUUGAAUAUUAUAAAAAAUAUAAACUAAACGAUUUAUAUGAAUACAUAUAUUUUAAAAUAUAUUACUUUUAUAAAGAGACACGAUUCCAAAAAAGAAUAUACGGAUAUCUCUUUUAUACUACCUUAUUAAAAAAUAUUAACUUGUUAAAUAAUUUAUUUGUUCAUUAUAUUUUGAAUAAUUAUUUUUUUUUUCAUAGGAAGAGUGUGGACAUGUUAAAAAAAGGUAAAAAAAAAAAAAUAAAUAUGGAGAGGAUAUCAAAAUGGGGGGGGAACGAAAUAAAUCAAAAAUAUGAAAAAUAUGAAAAAUAUGAAAAAUAUAAAAAAAAUCAGAAAGAUCAAAAAGAUCAAAAAAAUCAAAAAGAUCAAAAAGAUCAAAAAAAUCAAAAAAAUGGAUUGGAUGACAUGAUCAAUCGUGAGGAUGAUAAGGGAGAUGAAAAUUUUGAAUCUAAUCAAAAUAUUGAAUAUACUAAAAAUAAUAAUGAUUAUUUUGAAAAGGAAGAAAAUAAUGAUGAUAGUAUGUUGCAUACGUGUCAAAAAAGACUUUAUGGCAUUAGUAAAAGUGAAACAUAUCUACAAGAAAUUGAAGAAAUUAGUAACAUUGAACCUAAUUUAGAAAAUAAAAGUACAUACAGUGAUAAUCAUAAUAAUAAUAAUAAUAAUAACAAUGAUCAUAAUAAUGAUCAUAAUAAUAUUAUUAUAAAUGAUAAUAUUGAAGGAUAUGAAAAAAACCAAAUGAAAGAACAUAUCAUCUGUUAUAGUGAAAAGAUUAUACAUGAUAAAGAAAAAAAUGAUAAUUAUAAAAAAAGGAUUUUAUCAUUUAAAAAUAAUAUAUUAUAUAAUAAAAAUAUUUUUAAUAAUAUAAAUAAAUAUAAUAAAAAAUAUUAUAAGUAUUCAUCAUUGUAUUAUGUGAAAUUUUUUAUUUUUUAUAUAUCCUUAUAUUUUAUUGAAAGUUUAUUAUUAUCAUCAACAAAUAAUUUUAAUGAUAUGAUAAGAAUGAGAAUUUAUUUUUUAUUAUUAUAUAAAAUUAAAUUUCCAAGAAAGAUAAAAAGUUAUAUAUUCAAAAAACACUUUGUCAAAUAUAUAGACUUGCUAUGUAAAUAUAAAAAACAAAAAGUUUAUAAAUGUGUAAAGGAUAUCAAUUGUGAAGCAUAUAUGUCAAUAUAUGAAAAAUAUUAUAAUAUAAAUAUUAUAUUAUAUAUUUAUGAGAAGCAAGGUAAAUUUUUUAAAAUUAUACAAAUAUGUUUAAAUGAAAUAAAAAAUAAUAUAUCUAAAUUGUAUAAUGUUCUGAAGAAAUGUUAUAAAAAUAAAAAUAAAAAUAAUAAUAAUAAUAAAAUAAAUAAUAAUAAUAAUAAAAUAAAUAAUAAUAAUAAUAAAUAUAUUAAAUCCCUUUUUUUUUUUUCGAAAAGGGUAACUUAUGAUGAUAUAUUUUCUAUAAAUUUUGAUCAUAAUGUUGAUAUAUAUAAUUUUUAUAAAAUACCACUCAAAAAAAAAAAAAUUAAAAAAAGUUUAUUCGAUUCAUCUAAACAAAAAACACAAACGAUUAUUAAAGACAAACAUAUUUUUAUUCAGAAAAUAUUUACAAAUCUCAAUUCUAUUUCAAAAGACAAGCCCCAUUUCUUGGAAUCUUUUGUCAUUAAUAAAAAAAAAGGGAUGGCACCUUGUCUUACAACUGAGGGUGUUGAAAAAGAGAGAGUUAUUAAAAGAGCAAAUGAUCAUCAUAUAAAUAAAAAUACAAAUAAAUGUUUAAAUAAACAUAUAAAUCAAAAUAAUUGUGAUAAUGAAUUACAAAGUAGUAGAUGCUAUAAUUCAUAUUCGCAGGAGCCACAUAUAAAAUGUAGAAAUGGAAAUUCCAAAAAAAAUAACAAGUGUGAAAAUAUGCAUGGACAUAAAAAACGGUUGAUGAAAUCUAGAUGGUUAUUUAUAAUAAAAGAAUAUAAUAAUAUAUUUUUAUAUAUAUAUAUGUUAUCAUUUAUUUUAAAAAAGAAUAAAAUAAGAAAUAAUAAAAUCAAUGAAUAUAUAAUAUCAUAUAUACUUAAUGAAUGCUUAAAAGGUUAUAUAGAUAUACAUGAAAAAAUAAUAAAUUCUAUUACUUUUAAAAAAAAAAAAAAAAAAAUAUUACUUUUUUUUAAUUAUAUAUUUGAACAAAUUAUUCUUUUUGUUAUUAAUAUUAAUUCUUAUAAUCAUACACAAAAUGUAUGUCAAAAAAUAUUAUCAGAAUAUAAACAAAAAUUGGAUAUUAAAUUAAUAAAGAUGCCAUUAAUACAAGUAUUAAAAAAUCUAUGUGACACUUAUAUCUUUUUUAACGAUACAAGUGAAGUUGCUCAAAAGAAAAUUAAAGAAAGCAUGAAAUUUUAUUCUUAUCAAAAAAAAAAAGGACUAAUAAUUAAUUUUCAACAACCAACACAUACACAUAAGUUUAAUAUGCAACUAGCCAAAAAAAGGUAUAUACUAUCUUUAAAUAAAGAAAGUAUGAAUACUCAUAUAACAAAAUGGGAUUCAUCUGAAUCUAAUCGUAUAUUAUAUGUUUAUAAAUGUGAUCAUAGUAAUCAUUUUGCAUGUACACAUUUUUGUUUUCUGUGUGAUUCUGUGUUAACAGAAAGAAAAUGA